ACAAGGAUUCACCUGUGCAUCCUGUAUACAUAAAUGGGUUCGACGGACGUCAUCGCCGGAGUCAGUGCGUUUGGCGGCAAAUGGGUGUCAUUGACGUACGAUAACGAACGGUUCGACAUCGACAGUGGCCGUGUGCGUUGCCAGUACGAGGUGGCUGAUUACAUGUCCGCGGUGGAUGGGGCCGCGGUGAUCGUCGUGCCGGCCGCGUUCCGUUACGCGUCGCAGAUGGUAGCGCACGUCGUCUUGCCCGGCGGUGGCGGCCGCGGACACGCCGAGGUGACCGUCCGUCGGUGGGCCGUCCGGUGUGCUCGACCGUAUCGGUUCGCGUACGUCGAUGGCCGGCGCUACGAAGUAUUGGGCGUUAGCGACGCGUUCACGUUCAUCCACUGCAGCGGUGGAUCAUGCGACUGCGGCGCCGAUUUCCGAAUGGACCUGCCCACGGCCGUUCUGCAGACCGAUAACCAUCGCACGACUGACCACACGAUGAGCGCUUUCGUUUCGGCAUUGAUGGACACGCGGUCUAGCGCCUGUCCGGUCUGCAAUGUGCCGUCCAAUCAUCGACAAGUGUUGGAGUACUUGACUACAAACAUCGAUCGGUUGUCCGACGUUCAUUCGAACAUCAACAGGGUUCACAUCAAGCAAACCGAAUGUCUGAACGACUGUACUUCGUUAUUGGAGUUCCAGCAUAUUAAAACAAAAAUGUUGAAUCGAGAAACGGAAAACUGUCGACGGUUUGCGGAUGAUUUAGUAUCGAGUCUGUUGAAAAACCGCAAAGCCAUUUUCAAGACAGGCAUUCAUACGAUUUACGUAAAGAUGGACGAAACUUCCGAAAGCGAACCUUCAGCAAGUGAAUAUUUUAUGGACUCUGUUAUUAAUUCACAAAAACAAACGAUUGUGAAGUUGACGUCAGUAUACAAAGAAAUAACCAUUAUGAUGAAUACGAUGCAAUUAUUUGCAAAAGUAUUAUAAUCAUUUGCAUUGGAAAAAAAACUUAUAAUCAAUAAUUAUACAUUAAUAGUUAAUAUAUUAUAUAAACAAAUUUGGAAUUUAGAUCGUUAUACAGUUUUGUAUAAUUCUUAAUAUCAGACUAUUAUCAAUUUUCCUUUCAUUUUAGGAGAUCUGGUGAAACUCUAUACCUAGUACCCAUUUAUUAUUGGGUUCAUUAACGAUUCGAAUAAUGUGAAAAAAACGUAACCUAUACCUACUUGUCAGGGCCGUCCGCCCGUCCCUACAAUUUGCGGGGCCCGGGGCACAACUCUUUAAAAAAAUGUUAACAUACUUAAAGUAUUUUUACCUAUUAGCUUUACGUCAUUACCAGUACCUCACCAAACCAUUUUACGACUUGAUAACAAUAAUAUAAUAUUAUGAAGACCUCAGAACAACAACACCGCUCCAUAUUAUUGUCAAAAUUAGUUUUAAAUUGUUUGGUGUAUCAACCAGAAAAAUCCGAUUGUUAAAUGCAGAGGUAUCGUAUCAUACAAAUGGAGAUGACUUGUUUACUUCUGUUGUACUAAAAUCAUAUAAUUUAUUACGAGUCUGUAUAUACUAUACAAAAGUAUAUAGUAUAUACAGUGCCGCAACUACCGGGUGUGCAAGGUGUGCAUUGCACAUCGACCUCCCUAGGAUCCAAUCCGAUAUAGGCCCCCAAAUAGAUGUGUUAAAAUUAAGUGUAAAGCUGUAGCUGAAGAAAAUUUAAGUAAAAUGAAGAAUAAAAAAAACAAAUUGAUCAUAUUAUUAAAUAUUUAUAAUUUAUUGUAAUCAAAUAUCAUACCUAACUGUUCAUACUUGUU